CCCACACCACCCGCCGUAACGGCCAUUUCAUUUCAAGCUCAGAUCCUCUCAUUGCUCCUACUACGCAAGCAAUCGCCUCGCGAUUCUCGCGUCUCGCCUCGUACUUAGAGUACUUCCUCGCCGCCACUGCGUCCAUCUUGCCCGCGGCCGCGUUCCGCGAUCGCAGCAUCCGAUCGCCAUGGUCCCGUUGCCAGCCGCGUGCAGCCAAGCCCUGGUGGGGGCAUUGGCGACGCUCGUGCUCAUCGCCAGCCAUGCAGCCGUCGCACACGCCCAGUGGUCGCUGGGCGGCACGACGGAGCUGCGCGCCGAGUACGAGAGCCAGCUGUUCGACGGGCCGGUCACCGUGGUGGUCUCGCAGGACCAAGUCAAGCUGCUGGUGCCCACGCCAGACGAGCUCAAGAAGCCCAACCCCACGUACGACUAUGCGCCGUACCGCGAGCGCUUCCCCUUGCCUCAGGGCUCGGCGCGCUUCACAGCGGUGAACCACAUCGACGUGUUCUACGACCCGCUGGGCUGCGUGCCGCUGGGCGACCUGGCGGCCACGCCGCUGGCGGCGUCGACGGCGCUGCAGCGCAUCCCGCCGGGCCUCACGCGCAUCUGCCACUCGUGCUUCUUCUUCUUCACCUUCUCCUUCCUCGCCCCAAGCGACGCCGACGCCGUGGGCGCAUCCUGCGAGCGCCUGUCGCCGCGCUACAGCGUGUGCGCUCCUGACAGCAUCUCCAGGGCGUUUGGGGCAGCGGUGACGGGCAUCCCCGAGGUGCAGACGGCGUCGGGGUUUGUGUUCUCCGACUCGGAGCUGGCGGAGGAGGACACCACGUCCCGCCUCAGGGAGCCCACGCGCUCCAUCCCCCAGAUAGCGCUGCCCGGGGUGGGGGCGCUGCUGACGUUCAACCUGACGCCGAACAUGGACCCCACCAUGCAGGCGUGGCAGCCCAAGUACUACCUCGCCACCAACGGCUCCAAGGUGGUGGGUGUGGGGCAGGCGGUGACCACGACGCUCAUAAACGAGGUGUACGUGGCGUACGACACCAAGAAGACGCCCUACGACGCCUACAGGCACGCGCUCAUCUCCCCCGCCUCUGCCAGCGCCACGUUUGGCGGGGUGGGCGUGUCGGGCGCCUUCCCCACCGACCUCUCCUUUGCCCUUGCCUCGCCGCGCGUCGGCACCUUUGAGGUGGCCGCCUCAGGGUUCAUCCAGGUAACACCCAAGUCGGCACCUGUCCAUGCUGCUGUCUCGCUCUUACUGCUGCUUGCCAUGAUUGCAUCCUCUCUUGCUGCUCUCCUCUGAUCGCUUCAUGGGGCCUGCUGCAAUGGUGCAACCUCACUGCUUUGUGUCCGUCAGUACACUGUAUUCUAGAGUAGAUGAUUUUUGCAAACCAGCUAUUCACAAUGCCUCUCGAAGUCUUGGUUGGGUAGUAA